GCGAAGAUGAUACUGUCUAUCCUAAGGGCCAUCUUUUAGGGGAAAGUGUUCACUUAGCAAGGUACCUCGUUCAUGGCUGGGUAAUGCCUUGAGCUGUCUCUUCUAACCCGCUCCAUAGAGCACAACUUGUCUCUCCUCAUAGCUCUCCACCUUGACCACACCUAACCCUAGGACCUGGAGGAGUUGGCAGCACCUUGCUCCUUCACCUCAACCCUGAAAACAGCUGCUGGAGACAGGACAUAGGGCUGUUUGGACUUCGGGUUGGAGCCUGAGUUCCUGUGGCCUUCAUCUAGAAAGAAGACAGAGGGGGCCUAGCAGCAACCGUAUCUAGUACAAGGGCCACGCUGGGAAUAGACCGGUGGCCCCCAAGCCUGGCUGAAGGCCACCCUACACUGGAGCUCUGACAUCCCCCACCCACGCCAGCCGGCACCCCAGAGCCUCGCCCCAGAUUUGCUACCAGCAACUGAAGAAGGAAGUCACAAGAUAUUGCUUGUUGCUCGUUAUCACUUUGUGCAGAGUCGCUCCCAGCGACUGACCUUAUCAGAGCAUCCUGCCUCUGCCUCUGCCCCACUCUUCAGCCAGCCACAGCAGGAUGGAUGCCCGGAAGUCCAGUCUCCUCAGCUUCCUCCUGCUUGCAGCUCUGGGAUGUGCCGUAGUGGUCUCACACACUCCGGAAAUCAGCAGGCUCCAGGGCAAGGAGGUUACAUUCUCCGUGGAGGUGGGAGACAGCUCCAAGUUUGACUACCUCAUCUGGACUCUGCACGGCCAGCCAGUGGUCCUCAAGCAGCGGGGAGAGCCUACCCUCGUGCUGCUGCCAGCAUUGGCAGGCAGAGUGACCCUUCAGGAGCCCAGUGGCAGCUUGCAGAUCCGCAACCUGUUACUGGCAGACAGUGGCCUGUACGUGGCAGCCACACAGAAGGGGUCAGAGCGCAAGCGACUCCGGCAGUUUUGCCUGCUCGUCUUUGACAUCAUGGGCAAUGUAAUCUCCUGGUCCAACGGGAGCUGCAGCUUGGACCUGACCUGCCGGGUGGCACGAGGCCAGGACCGCGACAUUACCUACAGUUGGAGACCUGCAAAGGUGGGCAGAGGUCCCUCCAGCCAGGGUCCCAAACUCUCCCUCUACCUGGACCCCUCGAACAAGAGCCUAUCCUACAAUUGCACGGUGCAGGACACCAGCAACUCCAGCUCCCUCAGCAUCGAACCCUACCAGUUCUGCCACAGCAGCGUAGAGACAGCAGCCCACUCCAUGGCCAGUGUGAUGCUCUCCUGCCUGCUGAAGGCCUUUGUCCUGGCGAUGGUGGUGGCCCUGCAAUGACUGUGCCCCACUACAAACACCAGGAGUGAGCUGCACCCAGGAGGGAUGGAUGGAUGGACCGGGAGGAAGUUCCCAGCCCAGCUGCUGCUUGGCUCAGCUCGUGUCUCGUCCUGGCAUCAUCUUGGCUGAAUGCGCCUCUAUCCUGCAGGGCUGCUGCUGCUUUGGGAAGCCUCUGUAUUCUCCCACCUCCCAUGGGAGCUUCCCCUCCAUCCCAUUGGGGUUUAACCCAGUUAUACCCACAGGGGAACAGACCCCUGACCCCGACCCAAAAUGCAUUGCCCAACUUCUUCCUCUUUAUGAAACCCAUGACCCUGUCUUCUCCUGCUACCCUACAUGGGGGUAACCCUGCCCUUCCCCUUGCAUAGAUACAGACCUCACCCAGAGCCCCCUUAACACCAGCUUUGCAUCUCCUCAUGCCUACAACUCUCUCAAUAAACCAGG